CCCAACACAGAUGCGUGGCUGCCGAGACUUGUGAAUAAUCCAACGAGCACCUUGUAUACGUUGCGGGACGCCCGAAGAGGUCCGACGGGCAUCAUCGUAAUUGCGCGUGAAAAACGAUACAAUUAAGAUAUGAUUCAAGUGAAUCAUAAACAUGAAAUGAGACAGAAUAGACACAUGCAAUAAACAUUUAUUCAUCCAAUCACUUGAACAAUCAUGUACGUCGACCUUGUCUUCUUUAGCGUCGCCACUGAGUCGACACUUUCCUUUUCUGUCCGUGUUUCUUGCGCUGCUGUUCGACUUACACUUACCAUUAUAGGAUCAUCUUUCGUCCUAAACCGAGUCUCUACGGCACGUUCUUACGUUGUCGCUUUCGCGCAGGUCGAAAGCGCCGCGGUGAUGGGCCACUCUCUGGACAAAAUGCAGAGCCCGCAGUACCUGGACGUGGACGGCGUGUUGGUACCGCGCUCCUUCUCGCGCGACAACGUGCUGUACGCGACGCAAAUGCGGCCCGAUAAUGGCGACGUGGUGAUAGCGGGCUACCCCAACAGCGGCACCAAGACCGUGGCCAUCGUGUUGCACCUGCUCACCCACGGGGCUCGACAAGCACAGGGCGCGGCGGCGGGAAUGCCACUCUCCCUGCAGCUGCCGCCCGCGAACACGGCUGCCUCUGCGGCAGCCUCUGCGGCAGCCACGACGGCGGCCCACCGCGUCGUGAACGCGUCCCUCAUCGAGUGGAAGGGCAAGGAGGUCGAGUUGACGAAGCCGCCGAGACUGCUGUGCACGCACCUGCCCUACACCAAGCUCAACAUCAACCGGCAAGCCAAGUACAUCUACAUGCUGCGCAACCCGAAAGACUGCUGCGCGUGCGCCUACGACGACGCGGUGACGUUCCCGCAGGACUACGACUUCGGCGAAGGCCGCUUCAACGACUUCCUCGACCUGUUCCUGCAGGGCUCCGUGCACGGAAACGACUACUUCCGGCACGUGUUCUCGUGGUGGGCGCACCGUCACGAGCCGCACGUGAUGUUCGUCGUCUUCGAGGAUCUGCGCAUGGAGUCUCGCGCCCACGUCGCGCGCGUGCUCAACUUCGUCGGCUGGCGCGACGCUAUCGACAACAGCCGCAACGUGGCGCUCAUGCAGGAGGUGCUCGAGCACAUCGCCAGUGGACCCGAGCACACCCGCAUCAUGGAGGUCAAGAUGGCAUCGGCUCCCGUGCCGUCUUCCGCUUCACCCGACCGGGCGUCGGCACGCGUGACGACAGCUGGCUACUGGAAGAACUACUUCACGUCCGGCCAGUCCAAGCGCAUGGACCUCGUCUUCCAGGAGCGAACCAAGGGCACCGACAUUGCCCGUCUGUGGAACGAAUACAACGUUUUUCCCAUUUAGUUUCGACGUCCAGCCUUAUCGAGACUUCUAUUGCCGAGCUUGCUUUUUGAGAAUAUAUGAGCCACGAUUGCGCGAACGAGUGCCCCCCAUUCCACGUGAUAUGAUCAAUCGCACAUAACGUACGUGGGCUAGUUCUCAUUGUCCCUGGUGAAUCUUUCGUGCAUCGGACGCGGGCGUGACGAUGACGUCAGGAAUGAGUGUCGGUCAUGCGAAAAAUGAAAAUAAUCGGUAAUGUUUGGAUGCGUACGUCUGCUAAGCUUGAGAAUUGCAACUGUUGCUAUGUAGCAACGCCUACAAUCGUUAAACUGUAGAAAUUUUUUGAAUAUGGAAAGAAAACCUUCGCGGUCCGUAGACAAUGCAGCCGUGAACAUGCGAGCCGAAUUGGGUUCCGCUGCAUGUAGCAUUGCUCGCUUUCUCCUAUGGCUUUGGAGGCCCGUGUCUAUAUUGCCGCUGUCAAUGACGUCGUGGCCAGCGCGGCAUUUCAUGGACGCCAGCCAUCGGGUAUUCAUGACUAUCAAUUAGUCCCGAGCGAAAGAUCGCCACACGCAUUGAGGCUCCUCCAAUCUCUCAGACACUAGCGCAGUUAUCACGUCCCGCCCAGCCUGUCACCGCAGCUUUUUCGAUCUCAGGCACCAUGCAGAGCCAGGCGCCAACCAUGAAACGUCGACCAUCUAUGUACGGCGGAUAGAAGGAGCGUGGGAUGGGCAGGGCACUGUUAUAUAUCGGCGCUGCCCCAACUGCGAGAUCACGUUGAGUAAUCAACGUAUCAACUUAUGAAUAUUCGUGGAGUUUGAACAACCUUUUGAAACGCUCAACUACAUCAUGUCUCACACUUGUGAUUCAAAGCACAAACUACACGGCCUUAGAAAAUUUAUGCCUCGCACGCCCCGCUGGAAGUGAAGAAAAAGGUGCCUACGAAGGCACAGGUGUCGCAGGAACACACAAUGAAAGCCGUCUAUCAAAGACGCCCAUUCCUUUCCAGAGCAGAUUCUUUGGUGUGUCAACUGUGCUCUGGAAGAGCGUGUUGUGCUUGCGGCGCGAUUGCUCACCUGUGAAGUUCUUCCUCUGACCAAUCGUGCCCUCCCUAACGAAGAACUUCCUCUUGGACAUGACCGAGGUGUAUCCGCGCGCCUUGAGCUUCAUGAAGAGGUUGUUGGUCAAACGCAACAGGGACUGCAGCUUGUACUAAUCUUUGAUAAAAUCGUUGGCGACACCGCCCAAGAACUUAGCGAUGAUCUGCAUGUGCUCCUUGGGCUCCUUCUUCAUAGUCUCGUAGGCAAGGAACAGUAUGGUUGGCUGGUUCUUGUAGCUCCACCAGGGCAGCAGGGGAUCGAAGUAGUCGUUGUACUCCGUCUCGCCGCGGAUGAAGCACUCGAAGACGUCCUCGAAUAUCCCGUUAUAUGGGAUCGAUAAUCCUCUGGGUACGCCUUCAUGAUAUGGUAGAUGGACACUCAACAGUGCUUGACGUUUCGGGCGAUGUAGAUGUACUUUGCCGCCUGGUUGUUGGCGAUGCCAUUGAACGGCACGUGCGUCUUGAUGAUGCGCGGAGCCCGGUAUGAGUCGACCUGAAGAUCAAGCAGGACCAAAUCACAUGCUGCGCGGUACACCCCUAUACGAUCAAUAUAUUUUCUAUAUUACCCUGUUCUUCCACCGCUCAAUUUGAACAGGCUGAAAGCAAACACUUCAUUGCAAG